AUGGGCAGUGGCCUUGGCAGCAGAGGUGCAUCAGCAGGAGGUCUGGGUGGUAGUUCUGGUAGACGUGGAUCAGCCGGAUCAGGUGGCAGCUUAAGCCGUCGAAUCAGCGGUGGUGCAUCAGCAGGAGGUCUAGGUGGUAGUUCAGGUAGACGUGUAUCAGCUGGAUCAGGCGGCAGCUUAAGUCCUGGCAUGGGUGGUGGUCGAAUCAGCAGUGGUACAUCAGCAGGGUGUAUGGGCGGCAGUUUUGGUGGUGGUAGCACAGGAGGCAAUUUAGGUGGGGGUAUGGUUGGUGGUGGAUCAGGAGGCAGUCUGGGAGGUGGUGGACUUGGAGGAGGGUGGAGCCACGGCGGCAGAAGAUACAGCGGCUCUGCAUCCGGUGGCCGAAAUUACACCAGCAGUACAUUCGGCGGCAGAGGAUUUGGCGGCGGCUUAUCUGGUGGCAGAAGAUACAGUGGCAGCGGAUUUGGAGGAGGAUAUGGUGGAGCAGGACAAGGUGGCAUCAUUUAUGGUGGCAGCGGAUACGGCGGCAGUGGUUACGGGAGCUGCGGGUAUGGCAGCUGCGGGUACGGCAACGGUGGAUUUGGUGGCAGCAGAUAUGGUGGAGUCACGUACGGUGGCUCCUCUGGUGGAGGCUACACAGGUUUUGGCACCACAAUGGCACUGCUGCCCCAUGGCACCUCACACUACUAUUACUGA